UUGUACGCCGUCAAUAGUAUAUAUGAUUGGUGUGUAUUUGAGGUCAUUGUUGUUUUCCCGGGCCAGGACUGUUUUCGCCAGGAUACGUUCCGACUUACUACCCAGCGUAUUCAGUUGUUACGGUGUCGCUUUUUAGGUGGUUACGGAGCUAGUGUAUACGAGCCGGUUGGUGGAUUUCCGUUGGGUCCUUUCCGUUCUGAAGCAAACAGCGCAUCGAUAACAUCAGUAUCAGCACUAAAUUGUCAUAGUUUUUCGGAGACCUGCCGUUGGUCAAAUACAAACGAAGACGAACUUGACUGGAAAGUUAAAUCAGCAGCACCAGAAUCAGCAAUGUGGAGCAGUUCGCUCAAUUCAGCAGUAGUUCCUGAUCAAGGCGCAUCAGUUCUGUUUUCUUCAAGCGGUAACGGGUGGGAAGUAGGACAACUGGUUUCUGAUCAGAUACCAUGUAUGACAAUGCCGCUGCGACUAACAGCAACUGUAUGGCGUACCGGUUCUGGUGUGGGACAACAGCAACCAGUUCUUCAAAUUUGCUCCCGAAAUGUUCGUAGUGAUAUGCCGGUGUCAAACUGCCAAAAGUUUCCCUCACAAAAUGGUGUUCCGGUAACAGUUGAUGUUCCCUUACCGCAUGAUCCGUUAUCGCCAACACAGAUCAUCUUAUUAGGCACCAAUUUUGCUGGAUUGGGUGGGGCCAUUUUUGUGCAAGAUAUCAUUGUGGAAGGUCGUCUGGAGCAGGACUGUGCUCUAGUUGCACUGGAUAAUCGAGUUGAGGGAUCAGAGGAACCUCAACGGAAAGAAGCGGACAACAACUACAUGUCGAUAGCUGCCGUUUCACCAUAUAUGCAACAGUUGGGUACAGCAAAAGGUCCAGCGAGGAUGCCUAAUUCAAUCAAUGAUGCUGUCUUUGAACUGUUCUAUGAUACUUGUAUUACACUGUCAUGUAAUCCGGCUGAAUCUGAAUGCCGUUGGUAUGCGGGAAAACGUGGUUGGAUAACUGCUGCUACACAACGAUUUUCAAAUCCGUUGACUGGUGUUCAAGGUCCUCCGCCAGGUUUUCGUGGAUUUCUGGUAGCACCGUUUACAGCUGCCGGUGAAACGGUUUAUCAAAUGACCAGUCCACGUGUAACGGUUGCAUCUGGUACAACACCAACAUAUUUUUGCUUUUAUGAAUUCUUUCAUACCGAAGGAGCACGACUAUCGAUAUGCACUGAUAAAAGUGAACGUAACUGUUUUUAUACCAGGAAUGAAAUCGAUUUUGAAGAUUUGUCACAAAACGAGGUAUGUUGCAUUAAUAUUUGUAAACGUAUUGACUUAUCUGAUUGUUAA